AUGGCUGCCACUUCCGCUCCGACAUAUGCGAGCCACCACUUUGCCAAACCCUCCAGCUUCCUUCGCCAGGAACAACCUGCGAUUGACCUGACGACACCUUGUAGAGAUGAGCCCGCGCCACCUCGACAACAAGAAGAGGAGGAGGAGGUCACAGUGAUAUCCAUUGCGAGCGUACCCAGACCGAAACGCAAGAGAGGCGUCAAAGUCCUUGAGAAAAAGGCAUUCCAACCGCCUUCACCCUCCAAACCGAUCAAAGAUGCGUCUGCCAGUCCGCCGUGGAAGAAGUAUGCGAAGCCCAAGAAAACAGCUGCGAAGGCUGAGAAAAAGGCCAAGACUGCAAAGCCCAAAGCAGCAGCAAAGAAGAAUGGUGUUCAGAGUCGCCACUUUGCAAAGCCCAAGGUUGAAGGCAAAGAGGACUCCCCUCCAUCGCCACAAGAACCAAAGAAGGAUACCAAUGAGCCAUUGGAGCUCGAGGCGGCAUUGAGACGUCGUGUGGAUUGGACACCGCCGCCAGCCGACAAUGACGGGGCUUCAGGAUCGAAAUCUUCCCAGGCCAUCGACCUCCUUUCUUCGACUGUGAAAAGCCCAGGCGGUGCUGCGUCGAAGGAAACAUUUGACAAUCUUUUCGAAAAGUUUGGCCGGCCGGAUGAGGAACUGAAGAGACCUUCGGCUGAGCCGUCUGACGGCGAUACACAAGUGUUGAAGAAGAGAAAGUUGAUCGAGUCCAUGCCAGUCAACGAAUCGUCGAAAAUGGGACCUCCGAAGAAGGGGCCCUUGAAAGUAAAAGCACCGAGAAAGAAGCCGCGUACAAUCACUGAACUGGCUACCGCAGCCUAUGUGGUUCCAGAUGCUACAGAACAGGAGCAGCCUUCUGCGCCUCCAGUCGAGAGUGUCGAGGACGGAGAAGAGACUGCCAAAUCAAAGGGAAAGAAGAGGGCACCGAAGGCAAAGAAGCCCAAGAAGGCUCCCCCACCAGAAUCCAUUCUGUUGUCACCAACUGCAGCCCUCAGACAAGCUGCGAAGCAAGAUUACGUUUUCGGGACUUCGAGCCAGCUGGCACGUGAACACUCGCCUACUUUUCUCAGGGAUCUCCAGUCUGCGCUGCAGGCAUCAAAUUCGAAGAGAGAAGAUCAUUUCGUGACCCCAAUCAAUAGCGACGAGGUUGAACCAGAACCCAAGCAAAAGCUUUGGGAUGUAGGCGCGAGAGACGAGGAUGGCAGGCUGCUGGAUUUGGAAGUCAUCAAUCUUGCCGACACUCCACAGGCAGCACCAGGCGUUGCAGAUGGUCUCAACCCUUUUGGUUAUGCUGGAAUUGAUCAAAAAGUAGCGGCUUUGCCAGCUCAUAUGCCAUCAGAUGUCUCUUUUCCGGACAUCGAGGACCUUCUGGCCAAGGAUAUGGCAAUCGACUUGCCGCCACAUCCUGUUAUUUCUACACAAGAGAAAGUCGAUGCGCCAUCACAGGCUCACAUGUUUUCGGACAUGUCCUUUCCAGAUAUUGACGAUCUUCUGGGAAAAGAGACCGAUCAAGAUUACAAGCCUCAGACUCAGCAACAAGCAUUACCGUCCUCGCCGCCCCCCAGGUCAGCCGAAAUCACAGCUCAGUCAGUCGAAGUGCUGUUGGUAUCUUCUGGACCUCGACCAAACACCGAGGAAGAAGCUAGCAAUCUGCCCCCACUGGACUCACCGCCAGCACAAGCCUCGAAAGCGGCCAAGUCUGUGGCGACGGAGGAUACGGCCCCAGAGAUUGCGAAACCAGACUUUAGUCUCUACACUGACAACCAACUCGCGCGAGAGAUUUCGUCGUACGGGUUCAAGCCAGUCAAGCGAAGGCAAGCCAUGCUUGCCCUUCUAGAUCAGUGCUGGGUGGGCAAGCAAAGGACCGCCCUUUCAUCACUUCCCACGAACCGCCCCAUCACGACCACGUCCCAGGCGCAAGCUGUUGCCAAGCCCCAGAAACCAAUAGCCAGCGUUUCUCCGAAGCGGCCGCGGGGUCGCCCGCGAAAGACCAGUAUAGUUGAAGCUGAAGCUGAAGUUGAAGGUGAAAUGCCUUCCAGUGAGCCGCCACCAUCCGCCCAGCCGCCACCGCCGUCUCCCAAGCGAGGCCGUGGUCGACCGAGGAAGAAUGCCGAGUCGACGACAGUUACUCCCUCGACAGCCAGUAAGAAGGGCAAGUCGAAAGCAACAUCUGGCGCAUCAAAAGAGCCGAAGGCAUCUAGGAAGGCGGCUUCGCCAGUGGCAUCACCGCCUCGGAAGAAAACCAAAGUGACAAAGGUCAUCGAGAUCCCGGAUUCGGAAUCAGAAGGGGCCCUUUCCUUGUCACCAUCGCCAUGCUCUUCACCCGAGCCGACUUUUUCCCCAGCUCCCGAGGAAGCUUCAGUAUCAAUUGGCGAUGAUACAGAAAUGUCACUUGCAGCGUCCCAAAGCCAGCGAUCGGAAGUCUUGUUCGCGCGCAUCACUGAAGCUGUGACCUCGGCGCCUCCAACGACGGACCCCAAGAACCCGUCCUUCCACGAGAUGAUGCUGAUGUAUGAUCCGAUUGUGCUUGAAGAUCUUGCUGGUUGGCUCAAUACCGGACAACUAUCCCGGGUUGGGUAUGAUGGUGAGGUCUCGCCGACGGAAGUGAAGCAGUGGUGCGAGUCAAAGAGCGUUUGUUGUCUGUGGCGCGAGAGCUUGAGAGGAAAGGAGAGGAAGCGGUACUAA